AUUUUUUUUUUAGAUGCACUUGUAUAUACUCACCACAUGUGUUAACUCUGAGUUGCCAAUAACUGGGUGAUUGAACUUACUCCUCACAAAUGUUCUGGAACUGGAAAAAGAAUAAGUAUUGUUUGGGUUAAUCAACCUAGAGUCCAGGGUUUAUGUAAUGCUAAGUUAACCUUGCUUUCAGGAAUAGCCACAUGGUUUCUGUUACUCCUUUCUAACCCAUGAGCCGACAGCAAUAGCCCAACUUUAAUUAACCUGCAGGUACGUUUGUUUUGCAGCUCACAAUAAAUGUCCUGUGGCAACACAAGCCAUUUCAGUUUUUUAUAUUUCUUUUUUUUUACCUCACAUCCUCAAUUAAGGACUAAAGUUACAUUUCAGUUCUAUGUUUGGAAAAUUGCACAACUAGGUCAUGUGACCUAGACAUUUAAGAGAAUUAAGCUCGUGGACCAAUCAAAUGCAAGGGCAGUAAACUUCUAAUUGCUAUCAUCUGUUAGGCAGACCAAUCAGUUACGCAACAGGCUCAGAAGAACUUCAGGAUGUUUAGAAAUGAUUGAAUACCUGCCUGCAUAAAUAGGAGGUGCUCUCCAACUAGUGGUGUGCUUGCAGUUGUCUGUUAAUAGCAAUGGGUUUCAACCAAGUGGGGUUUGGUGUGCUGCUACUUUUGGCAGUUGAGUUGUUAACAGCACAAUGGCCAGGCUUGAAUGUUCCUGCUGGGCUUCAACCUAACAAACCAGGUCAUCCUUCAUUGCAAGUGAGUGCUGGGUUGCCUUCUCAGUGGACACAAAGUGAUCCUCAGAGGGGAAGCCCUGCAGUAGUCCCACUUGGGUUGCACUUUCAAAAUCCUUCAGGUGCUCAAGACCAGCAAGUAAUGCAGAGGCCAGUGAAGAAACUGACUUGGCGUUUUCCAGCAGUACCACAAAUCCCAACCCCACCAGCACCAGUGAACUUUGUGAGACCGUCUAAUGCUGUUCCUACCCAGAGUGUAACAGCAAGGUGCAAUGAGACUGCAGUGUAUGUAGAGGUGAGAAAAGACCUGUUUGGUACUAGUGCACCCCUCAAUAUUGCUGCUCUCACACUGGGAGGCUGUGCUGCCAAAGGGGUGGAUGUUUCUUCUCAAGUCCUUGUCUAUGAAUCACCAUUGCAUGGCUGCAACAGCAAGUUGACUGUGACUGCAAAUGAGCUGGUCUAUAUCUUCACCCUUGGCGUUGCUUCAGUGCCCUUAAGUAAUGCUCCCAUUUUAAGAAGUCCUGGUGCUAUGGCUUUUGUUGAGUGUCACUAUCCAAGAUUCCACAACGUGAGCAGCAGUGCUCUCCUGCCUGCUUGGAUUCCAUAUGCUUCUGCUCAAGCUGCUGAGGAACAGCUCCUUUUCUCCUUGAGGCUCAUGAUGGAUGACUGGAUAUCUGAAGGACCUUCUGACUACAACUACCAGCUGGGUGAGCUUAUGAAUAUUGAGGCAUCUGUAGUGCAGUUCAGCCAUGUGCCCCUGCGUGUCUUUGUAGACAGCUGUGUGGCCACUGCUGUCCCUGAUGUAAAUGCAGUCCCCAGAUAUUCCUUCAUUGAGAACCAUGGGUGCUUGCUCGAUGCCAAGCUUACGCAGUCCAGUUCCCACUUCAUGCCCCAAACUCAAGCGGCUAAGCUGGGGUUUCAGCUGGAGGCAUUCAAGUUUCAGCAAGUGAACAGUAGCUCGUUACAUAUUGCAUGCAUCUUGAAGGCAACAGCAGCAUCUGCCCCUGCUGAUACGGAACACAAAGCUUGUUCCUUCUCAGGCAAUAGAUGGACUGCUGCAUAUGGUGUUGACCAGGUAUGCAGUUGUUGUAGCAGCAGCUGUGGCUCAAGGAAGGGACGUGAUCUCCCAUCAGAGCAAGGUAUUUGGGGAGAAUCAAGUUUAUGUAACUUUGCACUCUAUGACCUGAGUUGCCACUACACAACCUAUGAUUCUGAUGGAGUUGUGGCUUUGUAAUCUGUUCAUGCAUUUUACCUGUAUUUGCAGACUUGCAGCUAGAGCGAGAAGUGAGCCUUGGCCCAAUCAUGGUUCUGGAAAAUGUCUGGUAGUCUAAUGACUGUCUAAAUAAAAUUUUCUAACUU